AUGUUGGUCGCGCACUUGGCACUGCUGCACGCCGUGGCCUGCCUGGACAUACAAGUGGAGGGGGACCUCGCCUUCGACCUGCGCGUGCCCAGCAUGCACAGCGGCAGGCAGAAAUGGUUCCGCGUGGACUGGGAGGGGGGCGGCCGGCCGCCGGCGCAGGAGUUGCUGCUCAAGAUGCAGGCGCAGGAGAACGUCACGGUGGCUCCCGAGGUCGAGUGCAUCUACCAGUACCCUGAGAAGGACCAAGUGGACGCGCUGCUCAGUAACAUGAUGAACGAGCUCACUAAGGUGUUCGUGAAAGCAAACAAAUUCAUAAACGGCGUCGAAACGAGACGCAGCAAAACCAGGAAAACCGACCGUCGACGUCACGGACUCAAUGACUCCGACCUAAUGUACGUAUAUAUGGAAAAGGCAUUAAAGAAAGAACUUAAGGCAGAGAAGACUAGGAAGAAGGAAAUAAACCCGGAAGUAAAGAAAGAUGUAAGUGACGCGGUACCACGCCGAAGGGAAGUGGACAGCCGUUUCAAGGUGGUAAACAAAAAGGAGAAGGCGUUCUUCGAAGUGAUAUACUCUAACAUGACAGACGAGUACAGGCAGUUCUACAACCGCACCGCGGAGCGCGUGGCGCGGGCCGGGCGCGACCCGUGCCGGCACCAGCGCGAGGCGCGCGAGCUGUGGCGGGCCCUGCUGCAGCACGCCGAGCGCACGCUGCGCGACGCGGCGCGCCGCACGCUCCACGAGUACCUGCGCGACCAGCGCGUGCAGCCGCGGGCCCGGGUGCGCGCGCACCUCGCGCAGUUCCUCGCCAAAGAGCUUGCCAAAGUGCGCGCCAAUCAGCUCGAGAUGCUGUGCGACAAAUACCAACUCUGUUUCAAUGAUCUCUUGGAGUGA